UAGCUCACUGACAUUGAAAUAUCGUAGAAACAAAUACAAACUUACAAGCUUUCGAAUUGAAUAUAGUGAUAAACUUCUUAACUUAUCAUUUCAGAACUAGGGCGGAAACCGAAAAUGAUGCAUCGCUAUUGACUUAACAAUGAUAAAGAGAACUAAUAUCUCCUCGAGGUUAAAAAUAUCAGCAAUAUCUCUUCUGUGGACGAUUGAAUUUCAUAGUGUUAGCCAUGAAUUCGUUUCACGUAGACCUAUGUAUUGCUGCUCUGUGUUUGUGGGGCUCCUGUGCCUUAGCUGUGGAGGUGAUUGGCAACCCAGCUAUAGAGCUCGGAGAUGCCACUCUUACCGGUAUAACAGUUCGUUUUGAUAAUCCCUUGUUCAUGGAGGUUAACAAAUCCAUAGAUGCGUACCUUGGGGUACCGUUCGCAGAGCCUCCGGUAGGAGAGCGUAGAUUUACCGACCCUGAACCGUUAGUUCUUCAAGGGGAGUACAACGCGACAGAAGACAAGGCAGAGUGUCCGCAGAUGAGUCCUCUGGAUGACUGGACACCACCAUCAUUGCCUCACCUUAUCCCAACAUUACCUGGGCCGAUCCCGACUCGAACCAUUAGCGAAGAUUGUUUGUAUCUCAGUAUCUACACACCCUCACCCAAGCCAUCCAGCCUGGUGCCUGUCCUGGUAUGGAUUCACGGUGGAGGAUAUGCGGUCGGAGGUGGCUCCGAGAUCAUCUACGAUCCCAUACCUAUCGUGGCCUAUGCCGACAUCAUCGUCGUCAACGUAAACUAUCGAUUGGGUGUGUUUGGUUUCUUUACCACUGGUGACGAUGAAGCAACGGGCAAUUAUGGUAUGAUGGACCAGGUACUCGCUCUUCAAUGGGUUCAUGAUAACAUACAAGUUUUUGGAGGUGACCCGAACCAAGUCACGAUCGCAGGGGAGAGUGCUGGUGGAGGGAGUGUAAGCCUACAUAUGUUAUCUCCACUUACGGAGGGUCUCUUUCAUCAAACCAUUAUGCAGAGUGGUAAUGCCGUGUGUCCCUGGGCGUGGGCGACCAUGAAGCGUGCCACAGAGGGACAUCGUCAGCUUGCAGAAGCAGCUGGGUGUCCUAUCGAUGAUACUAAACUCAUGGUAUCCUGUAUGCGUGAUGUUGAUGAAAACGACCUCACCAGGCUUGCCAUCAUGGAAGGUAAUGGAGCCAUCUCGUCUCCAGUCGUAGACGGACACUUCUUCCCCGAAGAUCCCGUUGAAAUGGUCAAACGACGACAAUUCAAAGUUUUACCAAGCUUACUCGGAAGCAACGAGGACGAGUCGGCCAUUAAUUUCGCAUUUUUUGAUCUUCCUGAUUCCUUAUUCGAACCUCCCAUCGUCAAUCUCUCUCUCUUCACGUCACUUCUUCCAAGACUCACUAACAAUGCCAAAUCAGACUUAGAAAUAUCUGCAGUUGAACAGCACUAUGUCAAUUGGAAAAUUGCAGACGACGCCUCGGCGAGUCAGUUAGAUGGGUUGAUACGACUUUCUACAGAUCAGACUUUCGCUUGCCCUACAGAAUACUACGCACGCGCACUGGAGGCAGCGGGAGCGGUAGUGUACCGGUACGAGAUGACCCAUGACCCUUCAUGGUCGGUUUACGCGGGAGUCCCAAAGUGGACAGGAGCUUCCCACGCUGAGGAUCUACAGUAUGUUUUUGCAUGGGGAUUAAAUCCUCCGUUGAAUGGAGUUGUUGGACAGACUGAUGCGGAGAAGUUCAUGUCGAUUGAGUUCAUACGGUACUGGACCAACUUUGUGAAAUCAGGAAAUCCAAACGAACCUAUCUCGAGCAGCAAGUACCCAGAGUGGCCAAGGUAUACCAUGCCCAGGCAAGAAUACAAAAAGCUCUCUCUUAACAUGACAAAUGGUAGGGCGAUGAGGGCAGCAUCUUGUUCUUUCUGGCUCAACUACAUGCCGGGUUUGCAUCUUCAAACAGCUCCAAUCGAAGACAUAUACGAAGAUUGGAUGAAGCACUACGAACUAUGGAAAAAUACUGACAUGCCAAGUUGGACGGAGGAAUUCGACAAAUAUAAAGAAGAAAACACAUGUCCUACGGCUUCUACAUCUCCUUAAUUAUAAACUGGACAGCAAAAGAAAGUACCCACCCCUGUCAAAGGCCGCACACAAAAAUUCACGACAUAAAUAUAAACAAUUUUUGUACACAGGUGUGCUACAAUACCCCUUACUAAUCACAUGCACAUAAGAAAUUGAAUAUCUUCAUAACAAAGAAGAACUUGACAUGCAUAGCAUCUUUGUCUCUGAAUCAAAAGUCCCACACAAAAGCACUUUCCACCAAGCAAAAAUGGCCACUGAAUGGACAACAUUUUUUAACAACCAAUAUGUCAAAGUGAAUUGAAUAUUUUCAUAACAAAGAAGAACUUGACAUGCAUAGCAUAUUUGUCUCUGAAUCAAAAGUCCCACACAAAAGCACUUUCCACCAAGCAAAAAUGGCCACUGAAUGGACAACAUUUUUUAACAACCAAUAUGUCAAAGUGAACAGCUGUUUGGUAAAAAAUGACGUUCAUGAGUGUGCUCUGCAUGUAGGGAUGCUCUCCUUCCUGAUUAUGCAAAUUCUCAGAAUGAAAUCAGUUAGCUCUUUUAGACUUGACAGUACUUUACUCUGGUCUAAGCAAGCUUCCAUCAGGAAAAUCAUGCCACGUCUGACACAUGAACAACGAUUAAGGGCCAUUGGGAUGUUUGAGGCAGGUGAAAGUCGGUUGUUCGCACAGAGCAAUUUCUCAACUGGCCACGCGGUAUCAGGAAACUGGAACUGUAAGUGACAGACAAAGAAGGGGAAGGCCUCGGGUCACAACCCCUAAUCAGGACAGGUGGAUUCUCCUUCGACAUCUUCGAGAUCGUUUUCGUCCAGCUACCCAAACAGUGCAGAAACAGUGGGCCAAAAUGAUAACCCUAUCAGUGCUGACACUGUGAGACGUCGCUUGAGGGAGCAGGACCUGGUAUCAAGACGGCCUUGCAGAGGUCAGGAGUUGACCGCUAUCCAUAGAAGGAAUAGACUGAGGUGGUGCAGAGAGCAUAGCCGCUGGAUAUGCAGAAUGUUGCAUUCGUGAAGUUGAUCGGUGGGGUGGACCUUCUGUGAUGGUGUGGGCAGGCAUAUCAGCCAACCAUAUGAAUCAUCUGGUUAUCCUGGCAGGUAAUCUGACAGCUCAGCGCUAUGUUGAUGAAGUAUUGAGACCCCAUCUGCUCCCUUUCCUGCAGGCACAUCCUAGCAUCACAUUGUUUCAACAGGACAAUGCAAGA